AUGAUGCGCAUCGUGCUGCUGCUGCUGCUGAUCUGGAGAAGUUCCUCGGCGCAGGUCUUGUACCUGCUGCAAAACUUUCCGAAUCGGAUCCUCAGGAGCAACCUGGAGGGACAGCAGCAGGUGGUCCUGGCCGAAGGGCUCCCACACCCGAUGGGCAUUGCGGUGGAUGAUAUUCACCAUGCAUUGUACUUCGGGGUCUCGGAUGACGAUUCGGAUCGGAUCAUGAAGCUGAGACUCGAGGACAGCAAGCUGGAGGAGGUGGUGACUGGUGUCCACGCAGGAGGUGUUGCCGUGGACGGUGUCCAUGGCCAUCUCUACUGGACGGAGCUGACGGAGGGCCGCGUGAUGCGCUCCCGGCUGGAUGGGUCCCAUGUGCAAGUCCUGGUGGAGCAGAUGCAGGAUCCCGGUGGCAUUGAGUUGGACAUCCUAGCCGGGCGCAUGUACUGGUGCGACCAGCCGGGCCACGAGGGAUUCGGAAGGAUUCUGAGUGCUGGACUCGAUGGCAGCGACGUGGUGACGGUGACCAACCACACGGCAUAUCCCAUGGAUCUGGCAGUGGACACCGUCGAUGGCCAGCUGUACUGGACGGACGCCGGCAAGUUUCAGAUCGCUCGUGCGAAGCUGGACGGAAGCCAAGUGGAGGUGCUGCAGAACAAGUCCUUGGAGUUCAACGAGUCGAAGCCGAAGGGCCGACACAUCACCGGCCUGCUGGACCCCCACGGCAUCGUGCUGGACCGGCGCCAAGGCAAGAUCUACUACACCAUGCUGGGCACGGUCUACAGCAAGAUCGGUGGCCCCUCUCAGUCGCGGAACGCUCGUCUGCAGCGGUCCAACCUGGAUGGCAGCGACGUGGAGACGCUGGCGGAGUUUGGGCCCACGCAGCCGGUAGCUUUGGCCAUCUCCUUCCAUGACCGGGAGGGCAUCUCGGCACAGGCCGUCGAGAAUGGCGCGAAUGGCAUCGGCCGCCGCGACCAUCGCAACUUGGCCAAAGGGCCGAUGGCCGUGAUCGCUUUCAUAUCCGCAGGCGAAGCCUUCAUCGGCCCAAACCUGCAGAAGACGAAUCCGCUUUCGAGCCAGGGCAUUCAGGUGAGCCAGGUGCGGCCCAGCUUCCAGAGCUCCAAGAGCGAGAGCCUUUGGAAGGCGGGGGCAUCUGUGUUGCUGCUGGGCUUGGCAUUGCCCAAGCUCCGCCGCGAGCAAGCGAAGGUCCGCCCAAGGCGCUGCACGGUGAAAUGCUUCGCUGGCGCCGUGCCCUCGCCGGUCGCGAAGGAGGUGAUGCCAAUGGCUGACCUCAUCGACAUGGACGUGCCGGAAGUCACGUGCCAGGGAAUGGACCAGAUCUUCACGGAAUCCGUCCCCAUCUCCACGCCAACCUUGGCCGCCUCGCCCGCGCCGCUGGCUACGUCGCCCGGAAUGUCGAGUGCCCGCUUUGUAGGCUCCGCACGCUUCGCCCGCACUCGGAAAUCUUCCACGUCCGCGCGCGGCGCACGUGCCGCGCGCGCCGCGCGGCGCGCGGUGGGCCAGCGCCUAGCGCCGGCGAGCCACACGCCGAUGCCUGCGGUGAGUUUCGACCCCAGUUCUUUGCGCUACCCCAUCCAGAAGGGCCUCCGCAUCUCGCAGGCCCAGCGCUGCAAGCGCUCCCGCGAAGGCCGCGGCGUCGGCGGCGCCGUCACGGACGUCACAGGACACAACCUAAUGAAAGGAGAAAGCCACGUCCAAGUAGAAAAUCUAGAAGAUCUUUCGAGUUCGAUGAUUUGUCCCAUCCCAUGUCGCUCUUCGCGAUGGUACUCUUUCGACUCGACCGAGGCUUCAACGCUGGCGUGA